AUGGGAAUUUCCGCUGACGAAAAUGGAUGGAUUUCGUACCGAUGCCGCAGUGACUGGAAAGAUGUUGCGCCAAUCUACCUUUCUGACGAAGAAAAAGCGUUCGUUAACAUUGCCUGUUCGGAAAAGUUCAGCGAGAUAUUCGCCUAUUUUCGUGCAGUUUUCCAGUCGCAGGAGAAGAGCAAGCGAGUCUUGGAAUUAACCAAGGAUGCUGUUAUGAUGAAUCCAGCAAACUACACCGUUUGGCAUCAUAGACAUCUUCUGGUAGAGUCGUUAAACGACCCUGGUCAGGAAUUGUCGUUCACGGCGCGCAUUCUUCACGAUGACGCCAAGAACUAUCACGCAUGGCAGCACCGGCAGUGGGUGGUGAAGGUUUUCAAACUGUGGAACGACGAACUGGCUUUCUGCAACCACCUGAUUCAAGAGGACAUACGCAACAAUUCUGCGUGGAACUACCGAUAUUUCGUAAUCUCUUCUACUACCGGCUACACGCGCGAAGCGCUGGAGCACGAAAUCAAGUUAACUUUGGAACUGAUCAAGAAAGCACCUCACAACGAGAGCUCGUGGAAUUAUCUAUCCGGUAUCAUGGAACACGCAGAGGGACAAGAUUACGAGUCUAUCAUCACGUCGUGUGAGGAAAUGCGUAAACAGGGUGUUCAGUCAUCUUAUUUGUUGUCGUUCAUUUUUGACUACUGGGUGGACAAGAUGGAGGAAACGAAGGAUAAAUCACAUAUAGAUCAUAUCAAAAAAAUUUACGAAGAACUUGUGAAAAUGGAUCCGAUCAGAAAGGAAUACUGGCAAUACACUUUGACAUCGAUUACAUAA